CCACUGAAUAAAGCAGAGAGGCGACUGCGGUUCGUGUGGUUUUAGCUCAGGAACUUAGAACGGGAACAUGUGAGCAGGGAAUGGACAACUUGAAGCAGGAUUACAAACUACACCGAGAAGCAGGCGGGCUGCCGUACAGGAGACUCACCGGGACACGGGUGGAGCAGCAGCUUCAAUAAGAAGUCAAGUGCAACACUUUCGAGAAGACAGACAGACUUUUACGCAGCAGAUCAAUACGGAGGAAUACCGAACCAAAGAUGAAUACUAUUGUGUUUAACAAAUUGAGUAACCAGGUCCUCUUCGAUGAGAAGGCGAAGGAGGCCGAGAGGAGCAGUAGAAAUUAUUUAGAGGUAAUAGACAGACAGCAUCCUGACCUUCAUCCAGACCUGCUAUCAAGCAAUCAUCAAGUUAUCAAAGACAACAACGGCAUCAGACACAGGAGGCCUACAGUCUGCAACCUUGACAACUACGUUAUGAAAACAAAAUCUGAAAAGGGCCGUCAGAAUGGUGGGAAGGUGCGACACAAGCGCCAGGCUCUACAGGACAUGGCUAGGCCUCUGAAGCAGUGGCUCUACAAACACAGGGACAACCCAUACCCCACUAAGACAGAGAAAAUCCUGCUAGCCCUCAGCUCUCAAAUGACCUUGGUCCAGGUGUCUAACUGGUUUGCCAACGCCAGGCGGCGGCUGAAGAACACAGUGAGACAGCCAGAUCUGAGCUGGGCGCUGCGCAUCAAACUCUACAACAAAUACGUCCAGGGCAACGCAGAGAGACUGAGUGUCAGCAGCGAUGACACCUGCUCAGAAGACGGGGACAACACUCAGCGGAUGCAGACGAGCGGCGGCGAGUUCAGCAAGCCCAUGUACCAGAGUGUCAUCAAGAAAGAGGGUGCCACCAUGAUGGGGACGGGGCUCCGAGCCGCUGACGCCGCCUCAUUGGCCGAGGACUACGUGACUCCGCCUCCUAAGUACAAGAGCAGCUUGCUUCACCGGUACCUUAACGACUCGCUGAGACACGUGAUGGUGGCCAACGGCGUCAUGGAUGCCAGGAAGAGGAACCACUCGGGAUCCUUCAGCUCCAACGAGUAUGACGACGAUCUCCUCUCCCCGUCGUCCUCAGAAACCGAGGCAAACUUUGUUUAUCGAGCUGAAACCAUGGACCAUGGAUCAAGUAAAUGUGACAAUGGGGGUGUUCAGAAGGAGAAGGUGCGGGGCAAAGACGAGACGUACUGGAAGGAGAUCAACGCAGCCAUGGCCUUGACUAACCUGGCGCAGGGAAAGGACAGCGGCGGAUCAGGGACGACCAGCUGCAUCAUCCAGAAGUCCUCUCAUAUAUCAGAAGUAAAGACUGUCAAAGUGCCUCUGGUGCAGAAGUACUAGCGCCUAUCACGGAGUCGUGUGUCUCCAACUCAUCUUCCCUUCUGCUCUCUAUGCAACACCAACCUUCCCUCUGAAAAUUCACUCGGAAGAGACAGUCAAAAACAAGAAACAAGUACUCUCUUUUUUCUGUCUGUAAAAAUGCAGCAGAACUGAAGACAUCCUAUUUUGUGUGUGGGUUGUGUUUUGACCUGCAUCACAUGCAUUAGACAGGUGUUGACAUGAUCAUCGUUAGCUGCAUUGUUCAGUUCUGAACGAGACACUUUUGUUAUGUUAACUUAUUUGAUGUAUCUGAAUUUCAUUUUUUUUUUAUACUCCGAAAUUUGUAUUGUACUUUUGCCAAAGUGCCUUUUUGGAAGCAAAGCAUCACACCCGUUGUGAUUAAUAAUGUACAGAGUGCCUCUGGGAACAUAAAGGACUAUCUGAAGAGGCAAAAUAAUAUGGUCUUAUAAGCUUCUUCUGAAGGACUCCCUCCCUCCAUGAUAUGUGCCUUACAACGUGAAUGAAUUUAGCUGACCUUAAAUAAUAUCUGUACUGUUCUAAUUUAUCAAGAGACACACACACACACACACACACACACACACACACACACACACACACACACACACACACACACACACACACACACACACACACACACACACACACACACACACACACACACACACACACACACACACACACAAAGCAGUGUGUGACUAAAUUAAAUGAAACUAAACAGAUAAUAACUGUGAAUAUAUAGAUAAAGUUCACUCCAGCCAAACACACUAACACCUAGCACUUGAGAGUUAGAAUGGAUAGGAUACCAGCAGAUCCAUUGUGCUGUCGUUAGUCACAACCACCAUCAUGUUUUCCACAGCUCGGCCUUGGGAGUUUUAUUUCUGAGAGGGGAUGGAUCCUUAUCAAGGUUUUUAAACUGGAAAGCGCAAGCAAAUGUUGACCUAGCACCAGCACACAGGCAUGCUCACGUGCACACACACGCAGGCUGACACACACACACACACACGCACGCACGCAAACACACGCAAACACACACACACACACACACACACACACACACACACACACACACACACACACACACACACACACACACACACACACACACACACACACACACACACACACACACACACACACACACACACACACACACACACACACACACACGUCGGGAGGUUUAGUCGGCACAGUGCUCUAUCUGUUUAAUCAAAGAGGGCUGUGAACUAAAGGGAUGUUUUUCUGUCUGUUAUCAGUGUAGUAUUAUAUGAAGUACCGUGUUGCUCCCUGACAUGUUAUCGUUUAGAACAAGGUAUGUCAACAGUGUAUAAAAAAGACUAGGAGGUCAAUUUAAUCCAACCCGGAUUGCAGUAUUUAUGCAGUGGUUAUUUUUCCAAUGGUCAAAUGAAUUCACAGACUGGUCUUGGGUUAUGUAUAAAAACCUACAACUAUAACCAGGGUGAACCCCCCCCGGGAUGGAUAUUGUACAUAAAGACACUGAGUAAACAUUGCUAAGGCGGGUUUGAUUGAAUCCUGACCUAGCUCACCAUGCCGUUUAAUCCUACACUCACUCCUGCUUAGCUGAUCUAAAUCACACUCAAUGUGCUGUUUACAAGAAGCCAGAGAGAGAGAGAGAGAGAGAGAGAGAGAGAGAGAGAGAGAGAGAGAGAGAGAGAGAGAGAGAGAGAGAGAGAGAGAGAGAGAGAGAGAGAGAGAGAGAGAGAGAGAGAGAGAGAGAGAGAGAGAGAGAGAGAGAGAGAGAGAGAGAGACUUGCUCAAAAAAUUACAAAUAAAUAGCCUUUUCAGUAUUAUCUCUUCGUCAGCCAGCAAAGCAAUUGUUCAAGUAUUUGUUAUUGUGAGUUUGUUUAUCGCAGUGGUUGUUCUGCUGUAUCAAAGUUUUACUUAACCAUAACGCGUUGUGUUCCUUUUUGUGACCGAAUGGAAAGAAUCCUCCUUAAAUACUUCUAAAGUAUGUUAUUUACAUUGUAGCAACCCAAUGCCAAGUCCACAACUGAGAGAAAUCAAGUUGGACUGUUAUAGUAAGUAGUCAGCCAUUUUCUGCCGACUCACUAAUUGUUUGUAUAUCUUCAAGGUACUGUUUAUGUGUCAAAAUCUACACUUUAAAAAAAAAUUAUCUGUGCUGUUUGGGCCCAUUGUUUGACAACCUAGACUGUGCUUGUGGUCAAGGGGUGAUUGAGAAGAGCUGAACAAAGCUACUUGUAGCCAUGACUCUUAUUCUUGAAUGUGCAAACCGUUAAAAGCUGCACUUUAAACUCUCUGUUCUCCAGUAGGAAGAAACAGAAGAAAAGUUGUCAUUGAGAAGUUCUGGGAUUGAUUUGAAGGAGGAAACAGUGUGUUGAGGCUUCAGAGGCACACAACAGCCAUUGUUUUACCUGUACACACUGUAGGGACACAGAAUCAGUCGGCAAACUAAAUGUACCCCGAGGCUUCGGUCCUGUACUGUACAUUUGUUUCUGUGCAGAAACUCAUGCUUUCAAACAGAUGCUGACAAACGGAAAGCAAUUCACUUUUGUCAUAUUUUAGAAAAUCUAUAAAUUAUUAAGGAUUGUAAAAAAAUAAGUUGGUGAGAAUAGUCUGUUUUUUUUUAUUGUUAAGUUAUGAGUUAAAACAUUUUGAUAGAGACUGGAUUGUUAUCCAAUGACCAAAUGCAUAAUAUCUCAUUUUAUUGUCUGAUUUUGCUUUUAUGUAAACAUUUAUUUUGUUAAUCUAUGGUUACUUCCACAAAACAAUGAAUAAACCUUUGAAGAAAUUGUAUGAUA